UACAGCAGGCAAUGUGAUUGCGGUUUUGUCUUACAAAUCACAUUCAAUAAUUCAGUUUAAUGUAACUUAAUGUGAAUAAAUUACACUGCAGUAUUUUUGAGGCGAUUUCUGGGAGCCAACAUACCUUUUUUCUUCUAUGUAAUAACGUUGUAAAGAACUAAAGACACCGAUUUAAUUUCCCCUACUAACUAACCAAAACCGACACAGACAACAGUCAACGAACUGGGUCCUGGAUCCCUUCCCAACCAGACACUGAGCCAGCGUUGCAGACAUGAAGUACUACACCACCAAAGAGCUGUUUAAAAACACAUGGGACCAUGUAGCUUCUGCAUUAUGGCAGAGAUACCCUAAUCCAUACAGUAAGCAUGUGUUAACUGAAGAUGUCAUCAGCAGAGUCGUAAAGGGAACGGAGCUGGUGACGAAACGUCUUAUGACGAAGACAAACCGUAUGCCCAAGUGGGGGAAUUUGAUCUUCGGACACAACAACCAUCAUGUCUGCGUCGUUGAAGAAUCACUGGUCGACCCAGUCAGAAAAACCUUCACAAUAUAUACCAGAAAUAUAGGAUACACAAAAUUUAUGGUUGUUUCAGAGAAGCUAAUCUAUCGUCCAGCCGAGGAUAACGAGAGUUGGACUGAGGUAGAGAAACAUUCCUGGGUAGAUUCCAGCAUCACAGGGUUCAUCACCGCCAUACAACACUUCGGUAUCGAGAGGUAUAAAUCCAACCAUGUCAAAGCUUCAAAGGGGCUGAGGCACAUCUUAGCCCAGAUGUAUAUACCAGAGAAGGUCUCUACUGAAGGCAUUCCAGCUGGGAUGGCUAGACUUCGAGAUAACGCAAAGGCUAAGGCUAAGGGAAUAGCUGAUAAGACAAGACCCAUAAUCCAAUAGUCAGCAUUGCGGGUACAAGUAAGUGGUUGAAGGUGCAAUCUCUAUUUACAAACUUUGUGGUGGGGUGAUCUGUAAGCCCGCUUCUUACUUCGUGCGAAUGCAAAUGCGAUAUGAAUUUUCAUGUCACAAAUUUGCAGCAAAAACAGGGCUGGGACGAUAAAAUUCGCAGGAAGUAUGAAUUGGGCUUCAUCCUAAGUCUGAAUGAGGCUUUUACACCCAUCUACCAGGCAUAACUGUUGGCCAAUCACGUGCCUUCUGUUGACCCUGGUGAGGGUGCUUUUUUACCCUGAUUAUGUGGAGAGGUUUACAUUACACAAAUCAAAGCUCACUGAAACAUUGAGCGUACAUCGCUUAAAGGAAUGACUGCUUUUGGGCGGGAUAUAUUUUGAAUUUUGAACAGUAAAGACUUAUGGGCCACUAUUACCUCAUAUGAAAUGAACUGUCUUUGAAUACAGGUAUUAGCUACAUGUGUAGAUAUAAUGUAUUUAAGAACGUCUGCAUCCAUAAAACUCUUAAUUUUAUAUAUUUCAGAUCCAUGAUAUUCCAACCUAUCAUCAAAAGGAGGUCACUUGUCAGGCCUUGCGCUUAAGCUUUUUGUAUAGUAGCCCACCAGGCAGGGUGAACUGUGCAUUCUACUUGACCCAAGCAGUGUUAGUAGACCAGGUUUUUAAGAAUGUAUUAAUUGUUGGAAAGGUUCAAAGGUCAAAUGUAGUAACAUUUAUACUCUCAAAAAUAAUUUAACACAUUUUUAAAAUGUACUAUUUACAUCUGAAAAGGAAGAUAUUAUUUGCAGCGUUCUAAACAAUUAAGUUGCAGAGAUUUGAGGAGACCCUAGAUUAUAGGGCAAGUUAAGAAGUGGUGUUUACUAGCCCAUGGCAGGUUUUACCAUAUGCCUGGCGAGUGGUUAGCCCUGGAUUUGUUGAUACUAGGUGGCAGCAGACUAAAGCUUUGUUCAAAUUGAUGGCUUCAGCUGAGGUUAUUGCUGGAUUGCAGAAAAGUCCAUGUUUUCAACACUGCUGCUGUUCACAGUCUUAGCUAAAGUCGCUUGAUGAUUUGGACAUGGUCAUUUUGAAUGUAGAGUGUCAUGGCUGAGUGGUUAAGAGCAUCGAUUUCAAGUUCUGGUGCUAAUUCACCAGAGUGUGGGUUCAA